AUGACGGCGCAAGGAGGGAGUCGGCUGGAGAUGACCUCGGUGUGGUGGGAGAGGAACAGGACCUCGUCAAAGAAGAAAUCGAGGAUUUGGAAGGAAAUGGCCGUCGAGAGGAACUACGACUGCCCAGAAGAGGGGAACGAGAUGAUCGCGAAGGAAGAUGUUCUGAAGAGCGGAGUAGGAGCUGCUGGAGAUGGGAGCGGCGUCGUUGUGCGACGCUUCAAGGCACCCAAGUGGGACGCGUCAGGCGGGGACGAGGAGGAGGACGAGGAGGAGGAUGUUGCUGGGAGCUGCAGCGAUGACACGAAGGAGCGGAACACACAGCUGUGCUCCGAGGUGGCGGAGCUGCGCGCCGACACGGAGCGCGUGGACAGCUCGGCCGGCCUCGGCGAUGCCAGCGAGAGGGAGGGCGACGGCCCCGGCAUGGAGCUCAGCGACAGGGACGCGGCCUCGGGCACAGAGCUCCGGGAUAGGCUGCGUGCCACGCGCGAUCGCACCCAGUUCAUGCAGGAGGAGUACAGGGACAGCCGUGCGCGCGUUGUCGAGUGGCAGGAGCGCUGCCAAUGGAGCGAGAACGACCGCGACUGGCUGGGCUCCGAGCUGCAGCGCUGCCACGAGCUGCUCACCUCGCUCGAGGGAGACGACGAUUCCAGCCAGAAACCGUGGAUCAAACGUAUCCCCAUGCUGGCCAUAGUGAUCGCAGUUGCCGUGGCGACGGUCAUCCCGAGGAUCAACAAGUUGAUGUCGUGAACGCUGCAAUCAAAAGGAUCUGGGGGGCUCCAGCAUCCGACCUUCGGUAUCGGCGACACACGGAAGUAUAGUCCCCGUGUCGGGAUUUUCUGCACGCUAGACAAUUGUCGCCUCUUUCCUUCUUUCUGUGUGUGUGCGUGUGAUGCUAACAAUGUGUUUGAGAAAUCAUAAGACGACUUAAUUGUGAAUGGUUGUUGCCCAAUCGCAGGGCGGAGUGGAACGAUCAAUCUUGUUCACCCGUUGGAACGUGGUGCGGCGCACGCGGGCAAAGGCAGCGUUCCGAGAAUCACGGUGUUUUGUUGAUCCGAAUCAUUUUUUAAAAAAAAAUAUUAACUUCUCAAUGUCAGAGCUCGGCGAGGAGCAUAGCUCUGCUGGCUGCCUUACGCGAAAACAGGAAGACCCGCAGGCAGACGACGCGCGGACCACGGGACGUACACGGACGGACACGCAAGACCACAGGCACACGGAUGAUGCGUUGGCAAAAGUGUCAGCUGUACAGAUGCAGGCGACAAAUGUCGAGACACGAUAGAUUGCUGUACAGGCAGACAAACGCAGAGACAAGCAGACCACUGCAGAGACAGGUAAAUAUUCACGCAGAGCACACACAGAUUCACGGUGGCGAGUAACACACAGGCAGAUAGACACAAUAAUAGGUGCACAUGGAAAUACAGACAGUCGCACGGACCAUAGGCAUGCAGAUGAAGUGAUGGACGUGAAGACAGAUGGACACAGACAAGCCGACAGGCACAGAAUCAGAAUCUUUAUUCGUGUUAUACUGAAGGAAUCCGAUGAGCCAUGAAGCUCUUUUUCACAGAUGUUCCAGUAUGAGCGGGUCUGCAAGUCACAACAGCAAAACAAUACAAUGAACGAAAGGAGUGCAAAGAGUCACACAGACAGGCACAGCGUAGACAGUCACUCGUACACAGCAUUACAAAGACAAAGAUCCCCCGAAUAGCCUUAACAUACUGUUGGGGCAAGUGUUGUUAGCGAACAUUUAUGAAGGCCGGCACGGCACACGAGGGGGUGGGUGGACAACACCAUGCCCGGCUGCCUUUGUCUCUCCAAUGGCGAUGUUUACACACCGCACCAGGUACUAAUUUGAGGUCCAAAUAAUCGUCACCGGUGUUGGUCGUGAACGGGAAUCGAACUCGGGUCGCCGGGGGUUUGUAGCGCACCCUAUGCGCUCACCGCUCCCCGCAACACACAGCAAGACAGACACACAAUACACGAACCACAUUUGCGCACAGGCACAAUGACUGAGUAGCAGACAGACGCAUGCACACGCAUAAAGAACCAACCACCACCGCCACCACCGCUCACCACUAAGUGGCGGCAACGUCAAUACGAUGCUUGUGUCAGACCAAGCGUACUCUGACCAGAGAAGCACAGACAACAGACCCCGACACGCAACGAAAGACAGAGGGACAGACUACUGGGCGACACAGGCAAGCAAGCAGACGGACGGACGGACACGCGCGGACUGCACCUCGGGCUGCAGCAGCCCCCAUCAGUCUGAAACAGGGUUUACUCGUCUUUCCUACAAAUGUCACGCAGAUUUCCUACACAAGUCGCUCUGUGUGCAACGGUUUUCUUUCCAGCCUGUGCUUUCUUCACCUGCGAUCGGGUGGGG